GUCUACUUUCACUUUCUAUCUAAACGUACAUGUAAUUUGUAAACAUGGCUACAGGUUUAGGAAAUUUAAGUGGAAAAGUGGCUCUUAUCACAGGCGCCAGUUCUGGAAUCGGGGCAGCAACUGCUGUGUUGCUGUCCAGGCUAGGGGCAAGUGUGGCACUGACGGGCAGAAAGGAGGAAAAUCUGAAGAAAGUCGGAGAACAGUGUCUAGAUAAGCCUCUGUUAAUACCUGGUGAUCUGGUCAAAGAAGAGGAUACAAAGAGAGUGUUGGACACCACUAUAUCACACUUCGGAAAACUUAACAUUCUGGUGAACUGUGCGGGAAUUCUGGAGUUGGGCAGCAUAGAGAAUACAUCUCUGGAGCAGUACGACAGAAUCUUUGACAUCAAUGUCAGGAGUAUUUACCAUAUGACCAUGCUGGCCGUGCCACACCUGAUAGAGACUAAAGGCAACAUUGUCAAUGUGUCCAGUGUGAAUGGGAUCCGAUCAUUUCCAAAUGUCUUGGCCUAUAACAUGUCCAAAAGUGCGAUCGACCAGUUCACCAGGUGUACAGCUCUAGAGUUGGCUCCAAAGCAUGUGAGGGUGAACUCUGUCAA